CAUGCCAGUUAUUCAAGGCAGAAUGCAGCGCGCAACUGUGAAGCUCCAGAUGUUGUUGAUUCAUUAGUAGAUGGUGACCAUAACUUGGAUAUGACUGCUCAUAACACUGGCAGACAAUCAACCAACGAUAAGUUUAUAUGUCUGCAGCCUAAGAACAGUCUGAUCUUUCCAUUACCCGAGAAUUCACGCUUUCCAGUAUCAGAUGAAGACAUCAUGCAUUAUUGUGCAAUUGUGGAUUUGGCAUAUACUAAUCGAAUUCAGAAGAACUAUGCUCUUGUAUACCAUGGGGUUCACUGCAGUUUUGUGUCACUGGGUCAAACACUGAUGCCUGAUGGUCAUAUUGAUAACUUUCUUAUUCCUUGCUUUUGCCGAAAGCUUUUUGAGGAUAAGCAUCCUACCAAAUCUGGGAGGCAUUAUUUCUUCUCUUAUGUUGGGGAAAGUAUACUUGAUUUUUCCAGUUCAUUGCAUGAGAACAUUGUUCGCACUUCAUUCUUAGGAGCUGCUUCAGCAAGUAAAGGAAAGAGGCUAGAUUUGUCUGAUAGACUUUUUUUCCCUAUAUGUCACUUGGAACACUGGUUUACAUUUGUGGUUGAUUUCAAGUGGAAGCUUUUUGCUUUUCUUGAUUCAUUCUAUGGCCCGAAAUCUGAAUAUCAGCUAGCAGUACAAGAACCUUUAAUGAAGAAUUUUGCAAUUCUAUGGAAGAAGAUUUUUGAUACUGAUGAACCUGACUUUAAGAAAUUUCAAGUGAUGUUUCCUAACAUGCCACGACAGGGAAAUGCCCAUAAUUGUGGUGUCAUGACUAUGAAAGCUAUGGAGCUUUUUGAUCCCACUAAGGAUCUCCGCAAACUUUUCUCUGAUAAUGAUGUAUGCCAUAUUCGUAUUCAGUAUGCAAAUAGCCUUUUCUUCCACAGAGGCAAUAAAGUUGAUCAGAAUGUAGUUACAAGUUUCUUUGAUAAGGAGGAUUUCAUGCGCCAGCUCCAUCCAAGCUGAUUUAUGAUCAUCCUAUGCUUCUUCUUGGGAAACCUACGACAUCUUUGUCGUUUCUUGAAUGAGGCAAAUGUGUUUUCCCUUUGGCGAGAACUGGUUGAGUCUGUUCAUUUGUGUUUGUAUGCGUCACUCUAUUUUCGGGCGGAAGUGAUUUUAUACAUUCCAGAACUCAUUUUUGCUCAUCCCCUGUACAUGCCCCAGCAAAACAUCUAUUGUUUGAUAUGCUUUCUAUAGCAUCUCAAAACUUAUGAAUAUUAAACAAAUAAUUGUUUUA